GACAAAAUGCAUAACUCUAGAGUGGAUGUUUUGUUCCUUGCCAAAGUUUUCGACCAAGCAGAGAGAUAUGAAGAAAUAGCACAACUCUUAAAAGAGAUAGUUCAAUCGGAUGUUGAAUUGUCACCUGAUGAACGAUCUCUACUCUCCGUGGCCUAUAAAAACAUGAUGGGUAGUAAAAGAAAUGCUUGGAGAAUCAUCAGUUCAUUGCAAUUGAAAUAUGAAAAUACAUCUCAAUCGGAAAUGAUCAAGAAUUACAGAAUUAAAAUCAGAAAUGAAAUUGUGGAUCUUGGCAAUGAGGUUUUGCAAUUAUUGGAUCAACAUUUGAUACCAUCCAACCAAUCUGAUAAUGUUUCUGCAGUUUUCUUUCAAAAGAUGAAGGCAGAUUACUAUAGAUAUAUUGCAGAGUUAUUUAUCAAUGAUGAAAAUGAAUUUGGAAAGAAGGUAACUGAGAAUUGUUUAGAGACCUACAAUUUGGCUAAAAGCAUGGCUGAGAAUUUUCUUCCUGUUACACAUCCAGUCAGAUUGGGAUUAAUUCUGAAUUUCUCUGUAUUCUGUACGGAAAUAAUGAAAGAUUAUGAGUUAGGUAGGCAAAUGGCUGAACGAGCAUUUCAUGAGGCUGUGUCGGAAUUGGAAACUCUUUCAGAGGAAUUUUAUUAUGAAACUAUUACAAUACUUCAAUUAUUGAGAUAGAGGGUUUUGCUCUGCUUUGAUUUGCUUAAUAUUAACACAGGCAAGAUAUAGAGCCAUGAUAUAUUCAUCUGUGUGUUGUUGAUAUUUAGAAUAGAUGCAAUCUUGAAAGACAUCGCCACUUUCAGAAAUGAGUCCAACAGCCAGAUCUUGAAAUGAAAUUCCAUUAAUUUUGAUAAGAGGAAGUAUGUAUUCACACAAGUAGUUGGAAUUCAAAGAAUCUAAUGCAUACUUUUUUCUUUUGAUCAUACUCACUAGAAAAUCAAUAUCAAAUAUUGAAGGAUAAAACUUGUCUUGUAAAUAGUCAAUGAUAGGUUUUGGAUUUUUAGAAUAAUAGAUACGAUCCAAGUAUGUAGCCACACAAUCUCUCAAUAAAUAUCUGCUUGAUAUC